AUGGCUCCCAAGGACGUUAAGAAAGGCGGUGCCUCCAAGGCUGGCAAGGGUGCUCAGGCGAAGAAGGCUGCUCAGGCUGCCCUCAAGGGUGUCCACGCCCACAAGAAGACCAAGGUCCGCCACAGCACCACCUUCCACCGCCCCAAGACCCUCCAGUUGUCUCGCGCCCCCAAGUACCCCCGCAAGUCGAUCCCCCACGCCCCCCGCCUCGACGAGCACAAGGUCAUCAUCCACCCCCUCAAUACCGAGGGUGCCCUUAAGAAGAUCGAGGAGCAGAACACCCUCGUCUUCAUCGUCGAUGUCAAGGCCAACAAGGCUCAGAUUAAGCUGGCUCUUAAGAAGCUUUACGACAUUGACACCGUCAAGAUCAACACCUUGAUCCGCCCCGACGGCUCCAAGAAGGCUUUUGCCCGCCUCACCGCUGAUGUCGAUGCCCUCGACAUUGCCGCCACCAAGCUCGGCCUCGUCUAA